AUGAGUUUGGUCUCCCCGCAAAGCAACACAGAACUGGGUACGCCCGCUGAGAUAACAGAAUCCGCUAAUCUGUUAAACACGGAAGUAUCCUUAGAAGACGCUUUGGUUGUCGAUAUUGAAUUUCUGCACGACUCUGAUACUGAGUCCUCUCAGGAAGAGAAGGAAGGAGAGAAACAGGAAGUCGAGGAUGGCGAUGAUAUUGAGGACGUCAGUGGACAGGAUGCCAAUGAUCAGUUUCUCCACGAGUCUGACCAGGACUCUUCGGAGCCAGAAGAGAUCAUUCAAGUCGUUUCUGACGAUGCAGAAUCGGAUGUGCGGAGUGCUUCUCUCAACAGUGAUGAUUUCGAAGAGCCGGAGCUGGAGUACGAUUCUUCAGAAAACGAGGCCGAGCUGGAUAAAGUACCGCAAGAAGAGAUUCAAAGUGUUAAUGUGACCACUGUGUCGGAUAUUACAGAUGAAUCCAAAAACGACGCGGAUCCUAAGAAUACAACGGCUGAGUUCUCCGAAGAAUUGCACGAAGUGGACGAGGAGUAUGCGUUUUACGAGGAGCUUCUGAGCCGCGGCAUCUAUGUGGACUUGUUCUCGCAAGUCUAUGAACUGUUUCCUGUGAACUCCGGAACAGAUCCGAACAGUUGUAUGUUCGACGAUCGAGAAGUGUGUGAAUCUUCUCUCAAGGAGCUGUUUCGGUUAUUUAGGCAGUAUUUGGAGGAUAACGAAAUACCCUUCCCGAAAGAGGAAGAAUUGACAGUGAGUUUCUCAAAACUGGGAUUGUCUCUUUCUGAGGAGAGCAUAUAUGCCGACAGGGUGUCUCUGUACGAUAUGGUUGUUCUGUUUGAGGGUCUGCGGAAGAACUCUGCCGAUGACUCGGACUCUCUCACGAUAACCAUCAGGUCCGAGCCCAGGUUUAUCAGUAAAUACAGUCAUUUACUGGACCUGAUGAAUGAGGGAAAGGGGUUUGAUAUUAUAAGCGACAGAAAGCGGUUUUUCGAGGGCGGCGAUGAGAGCUCGAGAAAGAGGGUCGCUGUGAGGGAGUUGAGUUCUUCUUCAAGUCCCUCAAGUUCGAGGUCUCCAAGUCCAACACGAUAA